UGCAACUACCUUGCAUGACUGUUUCAUUUCAGAACGUCGAUGGCGAUCUUCUGAGCUUAUUCUCAAUCAGAGUGAUGGGUCUUUUAGGUUUUGUCAAUAGAUUUAAUGGCCUUCGGAAAUUUGAUGCAAAACUCCGAGCUCUACCGCUUGGGCUCGUUCAGAGCAGAGGCUUAUCAAAUUCCAAGAUUUUCCAUGGCGGCGAAGAUACAAUGGUUCCGGUUCUGAUUGUUGGUGCAGGACCUGUAGGUCUCGUCCUUGCUAUUCUCCUCACUAAAUUAGGGGUCAAAUGUGCAGUUGUGGAGAAGAAUAGAAGUUUCUCUAACCAUCCGCAAGCUCACUUCAUAAAUAACAGAUCUAUGGAGGUAUUUCGCAAAUUGCAUGGACUGGCAGAGGAGAUACAAUUAUGUCAACCGCCAGUAGACUCAUGGAGAAAGUUCAUAUAUUGUACUUCACUCAAUGGUGCAAUUCUUGGGUCUGUAGACCAUAUGCAACCUCAAGAUUUUGGGAACAUUAUCAGCCCGGUUUCUGUUGCACAUUUCUCCCAGUACAAACUAAAUAGGUUACUACUUAAGAAACUUCAAAAUCUUGGGUUUCAAGUCUGUUCACCAGAUAGCUUGGAAGACACCUGUAUAGUAAGAGAAAAGCAAAUACUUCUGGGUCACGAGUGUGUUUCUAUUGAUGCUACUGAUGACUCUGUAACCACGACUGCAUCUUACCUCAAGGAAGGGAAGCACACCGAGAGGAGGAAUAUCUGCAGUAAUAUCCUUGUUGGUACAGAUGGUGCUGGAAGUACUGUCCGGAGGCUAGUAGGCAUAGAAAUAAAGGGUGAAAAUGACUUACAAAAGCUUGUAAGCGUCCAUUUUUUUAGUAGAGAGCUUGGUGAGUAUCUGCUAAAUGAGAGACCUGGUAUGCUAUAUUUCAUCUUUAACACUGAAGCUAUUGGGGUUCUUGUUGCUCAUGAUCUCAAGCAAGGGGAAUUUAUACUUCAGGUACCAUUCUAUCCUCCUCAACAAAGCAUCGAAGAUUUCAGUCCUAAGAUGUGUGAGGAGUUAAUCUUCAAAUUGGUUGGUCUAAACCUCUGCGACAUAGAUGUGCAAGAUGUAAAACCUUGGAUUAUGCAUGCUGAAGUUGCCGAGAAGUUCAUAUGUUGUCAUAAUCGUGUAUUGCUUGCUGGCGAUGCUGCCCAUCGAUUCCCUCCAGCCGGUGGUUUUGGAAUGAAUACUGGUAUUCAAGACGUUCAUAAUCUUGCAUGGAAAUUAGCUGCAGUGCUACAAGAUAUUGCUUCACCUUCAAUAUUAAAUACUUAUGAAAUGGAAAGGAGGCCGAUAGCACAAUUCAAUACAGCCCUUAGCGUUAAGAACUUCAAAGCAGCCAUGGAAGUGCCUGCAGCUCUUGGUCUGGAUCCAAGAAUUGCAAACUCAGUGCACCAAGCAGUUAACCAUGGGCUUGGUUCUGUUUUACCAUCUUCACUACAGAGCUCAGUUCUGGAUGGAAUUUUUAAGAUAGGUCGUAUGCAGCUCUCAGAAUCUCUUCUGAAUGAUAAAAACCCCAUUGGAUCUUCAAGGCUUGCGAAGCUAAGACAGAUAUUUGAUGAAGGGAAGAGCCUUCAACUUCAGUUCCCCGCAGAGGAUCUUGGAUUUAGGUACUCUGAAGGGGCACUUAUUCCUGACAAUACUCUGCUCAGUGGUCCAGAGGAACCUACAGGUCGUCGGAGACAGUAUGUCCCUUCUGCAGAUCCAGGAUCAAGGCUGCCUCAUAUGAAUGUGAGGACAUUGGCGAGUGAGGAUAUGAUUUCUACUCUUGAUCUUGUAUCUGGGGAUAAAGUUGAAUUCCUUCUCAUAAUUGCACCGCUACCAGAGUCUUACCAUCUUGCUCGCUCUGCUCUCAAGAUAGCUGCUGAAGAAUUCAAAACUUCUGUUAAAGUAUGUGUUUUAUGGUCUGCUGAUAUCCCCCGGGUUGAGUCAAGAAGCCAGCAAGAACUAACACCAUGGGAGAACUACAUGGAUGUUCAAGAAAUUCGGCAAUCAUCAACUUCACCAUCAUGGUGGGAUGUCUGUCGGAUGACAGACAAUGGAGCGAUCUUAGUUCGGCCCGACGAGCAUAUUGCUUGGAGGGUGAAGUCUGGUGUUUCUGGGGAUCUAAACACACAAAUGAAAAGAGUUUUUACAGCUCUGUUAAAGUGAUGUGUUAUUGUUUUUUUCCUAUUCUUUUGGGGCUUUACUUUAUUGUUUUUUUCCUAUUCUAUUGGAAACUUGGGGCACAUUGCAGAACGAAAUGUACUUUAUUCAACAUUGUACCAUUUUAACUUAAAAAUAAAGAUAAAAGAUUAUCGGUUAUA